CGCCCCUCGGGGUGCGCAUGCGCGGUGCCCCUUCCCCGGGGAAGCGGAAGGAGCCGUAGCGGCCUGGAGCGGGCGCGCCGAGCGGGGAGGUCGGCCGUCACCCGCCGCGGUGCCGGCCCUCGCUCCGGGCUUUUAAUGCUGUCAACGUCCAACAACAGGCGCCGUGUUUCCUGCCGAAGGAUCAUAAGAGUGAAGAAUGGAUUCUCUGGAUCAUAUGCUGACAGAUCCUUUGGAGCUGGGACCAUGUGGGGAAGGAAAUGGUGCACGAAUCAUGGAGGACUGUAUGCUGGGUGCAACAAGAGUUAGCCUGCCGGAGGACCUUUUGGAGGAUCCUGAGAUCUUUUUUGAAGUUGUCAGCUUGUCUACAUGGCAGGAGGUGCUUACAGAUUCACAGCGCGACCACCUGAAAAAGUUCCUGCCUCAUUUCCCUGAAAAUAAUGCUGAACACCAGAACAAACUCAUCUCAUCUCUUUUCAGUGGAGAGAACUUCCGCUUUGGAAAUCCAUUGCACAUUGCACAGAAACUCUUCCGGGAUGGACAUUUUAAUCCUGAAGUUGUGAAAUACAGGCAACUCUGUUUCAAGUCCCAAUACAAGCGCUACCUGAGCUCCCAGCAGCAGUACUUCUACCGGUUGCUCAAGCAGAUCCUUGCCUCCCGCAAUUACUUGCUAGACCUGGCUAGGAAAGGAGGGCCUGAUAUGACCCUUAAGAAGAAACAUCCAGCACCUGCACGUGGCCCAGAAGAACGGGAUAGACGGACACAUCGGCGCUACUUAAAGGUUUUGAGGGAGGUAAAGGAGGAGUGUGGAGACGCUACUUUAUCCUCUGAUGAAGAAGAUCUAAGUUCCUGGCUUCCAAAUUCUCCAGCCCGUUGCCCAAGUCCAGCAGUUCCCCUCAGAAUGACCCCCACAUUAUCAACCCAAGACAUGAAAACAUCAGAUAAAAUAGAGCUCGGGGAGAGCGACCUGAAGAUGAUGUUGAAGAAGCAUCAUGAGAAACGGAAACGUCAUCCUGACCACCCUGAUCUAAUGACAGGGGACCUGACUCUUGAUGACAUCAUGACCCGUGUGAAUGCUGGCAGGAAGGGUUCCCUGGCAGCCUUGUUUGACCUUGCAACUCUCAAGAAGAAGGUGAAAGAAAAAGAAGAAAAGAAGAAAAAGAAGCUGAAGGUGAUUAAAUCUGAGGUGGAAGAUUUGGCUGACUCCCUUAGCAAUGCUGAGGGAAUCCCACCAAUAUCUCAGGACCUGUCCCCUCCCCCUCUGCCAUCUGUUAAAGAAGAACCUCUUGAAGACAUCAAGCCAUGCCUUGGAGUAAAUGAAAUCUCUUCUAGCUUUUUUUCUCUCCUUCUGGAGAUCCUGCUUAUAGAAGGACCUGCUAGUCUCUCUGUGCUUGAGGAUAAAGUCUUGGAUUGGCAAUCAUCCCCAGCCAGUACCUUAAAUAGCUGGUUCUCCUUUGCCCCUAACUGGUCAGAGCUGGUUUUACCUGCCCUGCAAUAUUUGACAGGUGACAGUAGAGAUGUUCCUCCCAGUUUUUCUCCAUUUGUUGAAUUCAAGGAAAAAUCCCAGCAGUGGAAAUUGCUUGGCUCUUCCCAAGACCUUGAGAAGGAAUUGGCAGCACUUUUUCAACUCUGGUUGGAAACCAAAGACCAGAUGUUUUUCAAGGAAAAUGAAGACAGUCCAGAUGCCACCACACCAGUUCCCAGGGUAAGGACUGACUAUGUAGUCCGACCCAGCACUGGGGAGGAGAAACGUGUCUUCCAGGAGCAGGAGCGCUACCGUUACAGCCAGCCCCAUAAGGCCUUCACCUUCCGCAUGCAUGGCUUUGAGUCAGUUGUUGGUCCUGUGAAGGGCGUGUUUGACAAGGAGACCUCAUUGAACAAAGCUCGAGAGCAUUCUCUCCUGCGAUCAGACAGGCCAGCAUAUGUCACUAUCUUGUCCCUUGUGCGGGAUGCAGCAGCCCGCCUUCCUAAUGGAGAAGGAACACGUGCUGAAAUCUGUGAACUGCUUAAAGAUUCCCAGUUCCUGGCUCCUGAUGUCACCAGUGCCCAAGUUAAUACAGUGGUUAGUGGUGCUCUGGACCGGCUCCAUUAUGAGAAAGAUCCUUGUGUGAAAUACGACAUUGGACGUAAACUGUGGAUAUAUCUGCACCGGGACAGAAGUGAAGAGGAGUUUGAGCGGAUUCACCAAGCUCAGGCUGCUGCAGCAAAGGCCAAGAAAGCCCUUCAGCAGAAACCUAAACCUGCAGCCAAGACAAAAUCUAGUAGUAAAGAGAGCUCUGUGAAAGCACUCCCCAGCAGCACUUCAGAGCCAGGCCAGCUGAGCCUCAGUGACUCCAGCAUGCCACCAACCCCCGUGACUCCUUUGACUCCCACCACACCAGCAUUGCCAGCAACACCCAUUUCACCCCCACCAGUUUCUGUGGUUAGCAAGAAUGUGCCUAGUGUUGGACCAGAGCCAGCUAAACCCAACCAAAGCGUUCUCUUAGUGUCAUCCCCUGCCAUGCCGCAGCUCGGAACGCUUCUUUCCACAGCUCAGAGCGCACAGACACAAGCUGGGCCGCAGCCGCCACCCCCUACCCGGGUGGUAAGCCAUACUGCUUCCUCAGGGCUUCCACAGGUCCGUGUAGUGACUGCACAGUCCAGCCUCCCACCUGCAUCUCAGCAAGCCCCUGUGGUAACACAGCAACAACAACCUGCAUCAGUGCCUCAGAUCCGUGUUCCAGCUACAGCCACUCAAACCAAAGUACUGCCGCAGGCUGUUAUGACCCUACCAGUGAAAGCCCAAACCAGCUCAGUGCAGGUGCAGCGACCAGGAGCUUCUGUGACGGGACAGACGGGCAUCACUGUGACAAGCCUCUCUGCAGCACCCAGUCCCACAGUAAAGCCAGUAACCAGCUCUCCUGGCAGCUCUGCACCAAGCUCCUCCUCUACCACCACGGUCAUCCAGAAUAUAGCUGGCCAGAACAUCAUCAAGCAGGUGGCUAUUACAGGGCAACUAGGCAUGAAGACCCAGGCUGGAAGUGGCAUCCCACUCACAGCUACUAACUUUCGGAUCCAGGGCAAGGAUGUGCUGCGCCUGCCUCCCUCCUCCAUCACCACCGAUGCCAAAGGACAGACUGUGCUCCGUAUCACUCCAGACAUGAUGGCUACUCUUGCCAAGUCCCAAGUCACUACAGUCAAACUGACUCAGGAUCUCUUCACAGCUGCUACUGGAACCAGUGCUACCGGGAAGGGCAUCUCUGCAACUUUGCAUGUGACAUCCAAUGCUGUGCAGUCUGCUGAUACCCCAGCUAAGACUAGUCCAGCCAGUUCAGCUUCUCCCAGCCCAGCUGGCAGCACAGUGGUUAAAGUAACUCCUGACUUAAAGACUGCAGAGUCAACAAGCUCGGCUUUCAGACUGAUGCCAGCUCUGGGCAUGACUGUGGCAGAUCAGAAGGGCAAAGCUAUUACCACAGCAGCAUCCACUGAGGCAAAGCCAGCUGCCACCAUACGAAUUGUGCAGGGGCUAGGGGUUAUGCCACCCAAACCUGGGCAGACCAUAACUGUAGCCACUCAUGCCAAGCCCCCUUCUUCCACAGUAAGCGUGCCUGGCACAGUUCACACCUCAGCAGUCUCUUUACCAACUAUGAGCGCCACAGUAUCAAAAGCAGUUGCUGUGGCUUCUGGAACAGCUGGCACUCCCAUAACCAUUGGAACAGGGGCCUCCGCUGUGAGGCAGGUGCCAGUGAGCACCACAGUGGUAUCCACAUCCCAGGCAGGUAAACUGCCAGCUCGAAUCACAGUGCCAUUAUCAGUGAUCAGCCAGCCAGUGAAAGGCAAGAGUGUGGUGACUGCUCCCAUCAUCAAGGGCAACCUCGGAGCCAACAUUAGUGGAUUGGGUAGGAACAUCAUCCUGACUACAAUGCCAGCUGGGACCAAGCUGAUUGCUGGGAACAAACCUGUGAGCUUCCUAACUGCACAGCAACUGCAACAGCUGCAACAACAAGGCCAGGCCACACAGGUGAGAAUUCAAACAGUCCCUGCCUCUCAUCUUCAGCAAGGAACAGUGUCUGGUUCUACGAAAGCGGUCUCCACUGUUGUAGUGACAACAGCACCAUCUCCAAAGCAGACCCAGGAUCAGCAGUGAAUGUUGGCGUGCAAAUGGAUUGCUUUCCAAGACCACCUCUGAUCCAAUUUUUCUCCUGUUCAUCACCAAUCAGGACUUCAUAGGUGCAAUCACAGACUGUUCGGCCUGCAAGGUAGAAAUUUGAGAAGUCCUGUCUGUGCCAAAAGCAACAAAUGUUGCUUGCCUGGAGUCAGCAUUUUUUGAAUGCAGCAGAAAUCCCAGUAUAACGUGAGAUGCUGUAUUUAAAACCUGAACAUUUCAGUCCAGAUUUGCAAAACAAGCCCCCUAGCAGUGACCUUACUGGAGACUUUAUUCUACUCAUCUCUUUCUAGUUGCCCUUUAUGCAAACACCAGUCUCUCAUUUCAGUAUGUUCUGGGUUACCUUAGGUAAAUAACCCAUGGCCUUCCUUAACCAGUGAAGCCAGCUGUAAGGGGAGCCAGAUUUUGUAAUUCCCUAAGGUCAUGGCCAAGCACAUCCUUAUUGGAGUCCAGUUGUUGCGUUUAUACUUUGUAGAGGUGAUUUUAAAGUUGGUGGCUUGACCACCAGAUUUUAUUUGGGACAUAGCCUGUAGUAGAUCCUUAACAAAAAAUCUAUAUAUUUAUUUAUUUUAUAGCUUUUAAUGACUUGUCCCUGCUUCCUAACCCAUAUUCCUUGUUGAGCUGCUGUCACGGUUGAAGUGAAAAAGUUUUCUUUUUAUUGUCUUCACAAAAGCAGGAUAGAGAGUCCUUUCCCAUAAGCGUGCCUGAUCAAGGGCACUGCUGUUGUAAAAUGGCUAGUAAUUAUGGGGGGAGGAUCAGUAUAUGUAUGUCUUAUUGCAAGUGUGAGCACCCAGCAAUGGAAUAGAAAGAAGAGUCUCCCAGGGAGUUUUCUUUCUUGCAUUCCUCACAACAAGACGACAGAGCCUUUUUCAGUCGGAGAAGACUGCAGUUUGCUUUUAAAGAUGGAGAACAAGCUUUCAACUGUUUGAACUGCAUUCUCAGAUUCUUGCGGAUGACAUUUUUAAGCUCGCUGGCCUGGCCUCUUUGCUUUGUUUUGUUCAUUAUCUUUCUCUGACUUUUUUUUUUUUUUUUUACCUUGAUAUACAAGUUGUUUGGAUUUUGCACAUUACAGAUCAGGAAGUUAUCUGACUUCUACUUUAGACCAGUUCUGACAUCCCCUGGAUUCUUUUUCUGAAGGAAGCCAGAGGAUACAUGGGGCAGAAAGAGAAUAAAGACGCAGAAAGCCUUACAGAUCUAACUUCCCUCCUGCUUACAAGAUUAUACCCGCCAUCUCUCUUCAGUUCCAUACAGGACAUUUCAUUCUGGCAGGGAAGGCAUUUGACCAUACCAUGAACUGAAGUGUGAUCAUCUAACCUGCCAAGGGCUAAUACUCUUCUUCGUCUACAUCUGUAAAAAGGUUUCCUUUAUGUUGUUUCUCUUGUGUUGUUUCUUUUUCUUUCUUUUUUUAAUAUGAAGUUUGCCUUUGAUUUUGUCAGUAAAUGUAUUCUAUUUAAAGAGAAAAA